GAGAGAGAUAGUUAAAUGUGGAAAGCGUCCUCUCUGAGCUCCAUGGCAAACUCUGCAUGCGUGCUGCUGUCCGGCUCCGGGAUGCUGCCUCACUCGCUGCACGCGCCGCAUGCCUUCCUCUACUUGUCCGAGGGUAAUCAGGAGGCCAGCAAUCCGGCGGACGUGAUGGCCCAGACUUACGCCCCGCAGUUUGCGCAUCCCCCGCAGAACGGCAUCCCCGCCGAGUUCACCGCGCUUCCCACGCAAGACUACGCAGGACAGAACCGCGUCCCGGAUCACGGCCUGGCGCUCUACACGCCGGCACAGACCCACAGCGAUCUGACCAACGCUGACAGCAACACGCCAGCCAUCAGCAGCAACACAGCACCGACGGAAGACGUGACACAAACAGAAGUUUCCCAGCUGGUGCCGCAUUCAGAGUCCACGGAAAAACAGCAGCCCAAACGGUUACACGUCUCCAACAUCCCCUUCCGCUUCCGUGACCCGGAUUUACGGCAAAUGUUUGGGCAAUUUGGGAAGAUCUUAGACGUGGAGAUUAUCUUUAAUGAAAGAGGAUCAAAGGGCUUUGGCUUUGUAACUUUUGAAACGAGCACAGACGCAGAUCGUGCACGGGAGAAACUAAACGGUACAAUCGUAGAAGGACGUAAAAUCGAGGUGAACAAUGCCACGGCGAGAGUGAUGACGAAUAAGAAAGUGGUAAACCCGUACACAAACAGCUGGAAACUCAAUCCGGUGGUCGGAGCAGUUUACGCACCAGAGCUCUACGCAGUGACGGGUUUCCCGUAUCCCGCGGCAGGAGCAGCGGUGGCGUACAGAGGCGCUCACCUGCGGGGGAGAGGCCGGGCCAUUUACAACACCUUCCGCACAGCUCCUCCUCCUCCACCCAUCCCAGCGUACGGCGCGAUGGUGUAUCAGGACGGAUUCUACGGUGCAGAGAUCUACGGUGGAUAUGCGGCGUACAGAUAUACUCAGCCUGCAACGGCUACAGCGUACAGCGACAGUUAUGGGAGAGUCUAUGCAACUACUGACCCAUAUCACCACACCAUCGCCCCGGCAGCCACCUACAGCGUGGGGACCAUGGCGAGCCUGUACAGAGGAGGCUACAGCCGCUUCACACCCUACUAGAGAGACUAAACCACUGAUUACUCAAACUAACACACAAAACCACUAGACUCCUUCUGCUACACGGAGUGUGAUUUCAAUCAAAAAUGCUUCCAGGUCACCCAAUGACCUCAUCCCGACAACAUUCUCUCAAGUGGACAUUGUGGAAAUCAGUGGGAAAAUCAGAAGAGCAGCUCAUAAAUGUGAAGUUGAUGUCAGAUUUUUUAAAGUCAAAUUUGUUUUCUCAUUUGUGUUUUGUCUGCAAAUGCAAGGACAGUGUUUGAAAAAGCAUUUUAAAAUGGGAAGAAAGUGAAUUAUCAUGUGGUCCUUUAGAUGAUUGUUUUUCAUUAUUAAUAAUUUUGUUAUGUAUAUAAGCUGCUAGACUGAAUUCAGACAUGAGA